ACACCUUUAGACAAAUGGAACUUCCACACCUGCGCAGUAGCAAGUAUGGUUUUGUUGGGAGUUCAAUCACCGCGUUAAUGAUUUAAAUAAAUAGUCUAUAUGGAGGACCUAAAGAAAUCACUAAAGAUGCCGCUCUUUGGAAACACAUUCAGUCCGAAGAAGAUUCCACCCCGAAAAUCUGCGUCUCUAUCCAGCCUUCACACGUUGGAUCGUUCAACCAGAGAAAUAGAAUUGGGCCUUGAGUAUGGACCUCCUGUGAUGAACCUUGGAGGUCAGAGUUGGAAAUUCGAAGAGGGGCAGUGGAUAUCAGAAUCUGGUGGAAAUGGGUCUGGUAGGGAAUUGCAGCGGCUUAAGAAAAGAAAUGUCCAGCUGGAAGAAGAGAACAACCUCCUGAAACUUAAAAUUGAAAUUCUAUUGGACAUGCUGACCGAGACUACUGUGGAGUACCACCUAAUAGAGAAAGAAGUGGAAGAUAUAAAGACUCAACAUCGAAGGAAGAAAUGACAAAUCCGAUCUGAUGCCUUCGUCACAAGAAAUGUUCUUCAAGUGUGUUGACAUAAAAAAAGAGCGGUUACUUUGUUUUUGUUUUUUACUUGUACGUACAGAAUUAAGUGCCCAUAUUUUUUGCAUAAUGUGGAUUUUUGUAGGUUCGGCCUUACUUGUAUUUAAUCGAAAAAGCAGGUACUCCUUAAACAGAUUUUUUGUCUACUUUUAUUUGUUCUGUUCUACAUUUGUAACUGUAUAUCUGAAACAACUGUGAACAUUGUUCAAGACACAGCAUCUGUAUGGCAAGAACUGGCCAACAAUUUUUGUAUUUAUUGUAUUUUCUAUUCAGAUUAAAAGUAAAAUCCUUUGUGGCAUUAUUGCCAUUCACA